GGGUUCAAUAAGACGUAAGUUUUGAUGGUCCUUAACAACCCCAACACCAUGUGCAUCACCUGAACUGUAAUGGUCUGUUAUUUCUUCUAAAAUAACACAUAAAUCGAUUCACCCAAAAUCUGAAGUUAGGAGAGGAAUCUCAUGACAGUGGUCCAGGAUGGUCUGCAGUGGCAUCAUAUAAGUCUUCUUCUAAGUUCAGGAUUUUAAGAGUUCCAGCAAGUCCAACAAAGUUUAUAAGGCAUGGACAGACAAAAACAUCCAAAUAAAAAACCCAGAUUUAAAACUAUUAAAGAACAUAAAUUUGAAAAAAAAAAGAAAAAGAAUGAAAGGGAAAAGGAAGAGAUAAAUAAUCUAAAAAAUAAAAAGAAAGAGCUUGGUGAAAUAAAUCCUGAUGAAAUUCAAAGUUUUGCAAAAUUGCCCUUAAGUAAAAGAACGUUGAAAGGGCUCAAAGAUUCAAAUUAUCUUGUCCCCACCAAAAUACAACGUCAUUCUCUGGUGUUCUCACUUCGUGGAUUUGAUGUGGUUGCAGCUGCAAAAACAGGCUUUGGGAAGACAUUAGCUUUUAUAAUUCCACUUUUGGAAAUGUUGUACUGCAAAAGAUGGUCACCUAUGGAUGGAUUGGGAGUUCUGGUCAUCACUCCAACACGAGAAUUGGCCUAUCAGAUUUUCGAGGUGCUGAAGAAAGUAGGAAAAGAACAUGAUUUUUCUGCUGGUCUUGUGAUUGGUGGGAAAGAUUUAAAGUUCGAGUGGAAUCGUGUCAGCUCCUGCAACAUUUUGAUCUGCACACCAGGGCGUAUCCUGCAACACAUGACAGAAAACCCUGAGUUUGUGGCAGAUAAUGUGCAAAUGCUGAUACUGGAUGAAGCUGACCAGUGCCUCUCCAUGGGGUUUGCUGACACCAUGAAUUGCAUUUUUGAAGAAUUGUCAUGUGAGCGGCAGACACUUUUGUUUUCUGCAACACAGACCAGAGAUGUAAAGGACUUAAUUCGUGCCGGCUGCAAGAAUCCUGUGUUUUGUUCGGUCCAUGAACAUUCAAAGACUUCCACGCCAAAGAGUUUGCAUGAGAGUUACGUUGUUUGUGAUGCUCAUGAGAAAUUUACCUUCCUUUGGUCAUUUAUCAGACAUCACAGGAAAUACAAGAUUCUGGUAUUUCUAGCUACGUGUAAACAAGUACAGUACAUGUUCAACAUGUUCUGUAAGCUUCAUCCUGGCUUAUCAGUAAUGAGUCUUCGUGGAUCAAUGCAUCAGCUAAGGCGAAUGGCAGUUUACGAUGACUUUUGCAAGAAAAAAACUGCUGUUCUCUUUGCAACAGAUGUUGCUGCAAGAGGUCUUGAUAUUCCAGCAGUUGAUUGGGUGGUACAAGUUGACUGCCCAGAAGAUGUAACUACAUACAUUCACCGUGUUGGCAGAACAGCACGAUGCUCUAGAAGUGGCAGAGCCAUUCUCGUGUUAAUGCCCUCGGAAGAAAAGGCAAUGGUAGCUGAUUUGAGAGCCAAAAAUAUUCCAAUAGAGAAAAUAGAUGUUGACUCUUCGAAACUGCAGCGCAUCAAUAUCAAGAUUGAAAUAAUAUUGAGUAAAUACUUGAACCUGAAGGAGGAAGCAGUACGAGCAUUUAAGACAUAUUUGAAGCACUUGGCACUAACAAAAGACAAGAAAGUGUUUAACAUCAUGUCUAUCGACAUUAAUGCAUUUGCCCGAUCAUUAGGACUUGUAGUCACUCCCAGAGUAAGAUUUUUGGAAAAAGGAAUGAAGACAGCAUUGGGCCGGAUGGCAGUUAAAUCUGAAACUAAUGAAGCGGAGCAGGUGUCUGACUUAGCAGAAAGACCUAAGCUCACAACACUAGAUAUUAGAGCAGGUGACAGUGAUGAAGAUGAUGACGACGACUUCCUUAAGAUCUCUGAACACCAGGAUGAAUUCACUGACGAUGAUGAAAUGAUCAUGAAGUCCACAGACUCCAGAACAAAUCGUAAGAAGCCAAUAACGAAAUUUGAUAUUGUCAAAAAACUGAAGAGGAAGAACUUGCAGGUUAACCAAAGAGUGAUAUUUGAUGAUGAAAUGUUACUGGAUCCCACAUAUCAGCAGGCAGACAAUAAGCAGAUAUAUGGUGGAAUCGAUAUUACCAGGUUUCAGGACAUCAUGAAAGAGGAAGAUCACCUUGAUAAAAAGUUAAAUGCUACAAAGCUAAAAGAAAAGAGGUGGUUGAAAAAGAGAAAGGCAAAGGCUAAAUCGACUGAAAACAAGGAAGAUGAAAAAGAAGAGGCAGAGGAACAAGAUGAAAGUGAUGAUGACAUUGAUGAGUUCACUCAAACUAUCAUUGAUGAAUUGCCUGACCCAGAUAAAUACUACAACAGUGAUAAAGUAGAGGAAAGCAAUGACGACUUUGAUGAUAAGGAGAGUGACAGUGAGGAGAGCAUGUCAGAAGAAGGAAUAAAUAGGUUGAAAAGGAGAAAAGCAAAGACAAAAUUUACUAAAAACCAGGAAAAUAAAAAAGAGGAGCAGCAGCAAUAUGAAGACUAUGAUGAUAAUGAGUCCACUCAAAAAAUCAUUGACAAAUUGCCUGACCCAGGUAAACACUUCAACAAUGAUAAAGUAGAGGAAAGCAGUGAUGACGAUAGUGUUGAGGAGAGUGACAGUGAAGAGAGCAUGUUUGAAGAAAAAACAGCCAAGGUUAGUGGGAAAAGACGUGCACGUGACCGAGCAAGAGAGAGCAAACGUGCAAGAUUAGCACAGAUGAAUACUCUUGAAGCCUUACCAAUGGAUGAGCAGGAGGAACUUGCCCUGUUCCUCCUCCGAGGUAAAAGACCAUAGCUUAUAUCUUUCCAUUAAAACAGUGUUGGCAGUUUGAGGGCUUGUUUGUGAAGACUAGGUGAAAAUACUGUGUAUCAAACAAUUCACAGGGAAAUUUCAGUCUGUCCUGGACCAUUGUGAAGUACCAAGUAUUUUCUCACUUGGUUGUGACUUUACAGUAGUUCAGGAUGGACUACAUCAUAUACUUCCUCUUCUGAAUGCAGUUUGUUCUUACUGUAGAACUGAAUUCAAUUUUGCAGAUAUUUUUGUGGAGUGCAUUUAACAUCUAAAGACAUCCCUAAUGAAAAACAAAAAGGUACAAUACCGUGACUGGAAAAAUAUAUAGAUAAUCCAAGCCUAGGAGAGAGCAGCUUAUGAUGUUUCGGUCCGACUUGGACCAUUUAGAGAGUUCAAGUUAGACCGAAACGCCAUCAGGAGCGCCUCUCUCCAAUGUGCGAGUUAUUUGUGUGACAUCCCUAACAAGUCAGAAAGGUUAAUAAAAGAAUUGUCAUCAUAAUCUUUAUUUGUCAUAGAAAGACAGCCUGUAUUAUCAAGCUGACAAAAUUAUAACAAUAUAUCCCCUAUGUACAAAGUUAUAAGUGUUUGUUUUAUGGUAAUAUCAGUAUCUGGUACACUGCACAAAAUUAAGCCAGGUCAACAAUCUGCCUAGAAGCAUCAGAUAUAUAUAUAUGACAGAAUGAUCUGUGUGCUGACUAGAGGUCAAUUCCACAGGGAAGUAUACAGUUUAUAUUAAACUAAACUGUACCUUGCUAUUUGUAUUAACUGUUGUGCACACAUUACACUGAAUAAAAUUAUACCUAUC